CCGUUUCUAACACAGCACGUGAAGGGGCAGGGCUGCUCGCGGCCGGGCGGUGACUGCAGGGUUCUCCGCCGGCCGGGGACCUCGGGCUCCGUUUCCAGUGCGACUGUACUGCGCGGAGAGGCUGGAGCCUGAGGGCCGCUCGCCCGAGAGUCUCAGCUUCCCCAGCUGUAAAAUGGGACCAGGUGCAGCACCGCCUUCUAGGAGGGUCUUGAACGGGACCCAAACACUCGCGAGGACUGACGGGCGGCUCACGAUUUCGGGCUCUGUCCGGGGUGCGAGAACUCCACUUCCCAGAAUGCCUCUCGCCGGCCUGUGGGGGGACUCCAUCUCCCAGGGCACCCCGCGCCGUACCGGCGCCUGGCUGACCGGGACGCUGGGGCCCGUUCUCCGUGCCGUGGGCGGCGGCGGCGGCGGCGGCACGAUGGACAGUCCCGAGGUCACCUUCACUCUAGCCUAUCUGGUGUUUGCCGUUUGCUUCGUGUUCACGCCCACCGAGUUCCACUCGGCGGGGCUCACGGUGCAGAACCUGCUGUCCGGCUGGCUGGGCAGCGAGGACGCCGCCUUCGUGCCCUACCAUCAGCGCCGCACGGCCGCCACGCUGUUCUGCCACUCCCUGCUGCCCCUGGGCUACUAUGUGGGCAUGUGCUUCGCAGCCUCGGAAAAACAGCUCUUCCCUCCCAGCCAGGCCCCAGAGGCCUGGCGGCUCUUCUUCCUGCUGGCGGUGCUCCUGCCCACCGUUGCCGGCACCCUGAUCUACUACUGGCACCGGGAUGGGUGGGCCCGCCACCCCCUGGCCCGCUCCUUGGCCCUGUACGCCCUCCCGCAGUCGGGCUGGCAGGCCGUUGCCUCCUCCGUCAACACCGAGUUCCGGAGGAUUGACAAGUUUGCCACAGGGGCACCGGGCGCCCGCGUGAUCGUGACAGACACGUGGGUGAUGAAGGUGACCACGUACCGCGUACACGUGGCCCAGCAGCAGGACGUGCACCUGACUGUCACGGAGUCGCAGCAGCACGAGCUCUCGCCGGACUCAAACUUGCCCGUGCAGCUCCUCACCAUCCGUGUGGCCAGCAGCAGCCCCGAGGUGCAGGCCUUCGACAUCCGGCUGAACUCCACGGAGUACGGCGAGCUGUGCGAGAAGAUCCGGGCGCCCAUCCUCCGAGCGGCCAACGUGGUCAUCCGCCAGAGCCUGGGCGACCUGUUCCUGGAGACGUUCGCCUCCCUGGUGGAGGUCAACCCGGCCUAUGCUGUCCCCAGCAGCCAGGAGCUGGAGGCGUGCAUCGGCUGCAUGCAGACGCGUGCCAGCGUGAAGCUGGUGAAGACCUGCCAGGAGGCGGCCGAGGGCGAGUGCCAGCAGUGCUACUGCCGCCCCAUGUGGUGUCUCACCUGCAUGGGCAAGUGGUUUGCCAGCCGCCAGGACCCGCAGCGCCCUGACACCUGGCUGGCCAGCCGUGUGCCCUGCCCCACCUGCCGUGCACGCUUCUGCAUCCUGGACGUGUGUGCCGUGCGCUGAGUCGGCUGGGCCAGGGUGAGGGAGUGGCCGUGGGGGUCCUGCCAGCCCUGCCAGGGCUUCCACUGCUGCCUCGGGGAGCGGCCAGGCCUCCAGGCCCAGGGCUCCUUACCCAGUGGCAGAAGGACAAGGGCUUUUUUUAAGAAAGGAAGUUCUCUGCCCGAGUUGGGGUGGGGGCGGGGGAUGGGUCUUUCGGGCCUGCCGCCUUCAUUUCCCACCCCUCUGGGUCCGGGCAGUGCAGGUCACAGAAUACAGCGUGGGCCCAUUGCCCAGGUGUUCCGGCCCCUUGAGCUGCUUUUGGGAGAGACUGGCGCCUGUCCCAGACGGCCCUGACCCGGGCCACUUGCCUUAAUUUUAUGGAGCACAUCUGCCCCUUGGUUACAUGCCAGACACAGAUUCACCCGAGACGGGUUGUGGUCAGUUCUGCUACCGUCCCCACGCUGGCUGCUGGCCCCACGGAGGCUGCUCUGCGGAGCUGGGGCAGAGCCUGGCAGUGGAGGGGAGACCCAGGGUGCCACUGCGUGGUGACAGCACCACCCAGGGCUUCCUGGUGGCUGCUCCUGGAUGGAGGGGCCCUACUUGCUCCUGGCCCCCAGGGACUCAGCUUCCCAUCAGGGGCCAGGCAAGGCACUGGCUGCUUUCAGGCGCCUGUCCCUUAGCUGUGUGCUCCCAGGGCCACUCGUCCCCUGGAGGGUCACUGCCUGUAUGCCUUCUGUUGCCCCCAAGAGUGCAGGGAAGAGCCGAGCUCUAGAUUCCUGGCUGGUGAGGCGGGGAGCUGAAGACGGAGUGCCACAGUGACAUCCUGCCUUACAUGAACUUGUCAGGAUGCAGCAGGGACUGGCCACAGCCCACGGGGCCCAUCCGGGUCAGCAGGGGACAUGCCCAGCAGCCAAGGCACCGAGUGGUGUCUCCCGGAGCUCUGGCAGUGCGGGAGUGGGGGCACUGCCAGGGCCCCGCUCAGACGGCAUGGCCGCUGGAGCCCUCAGACUCGUGACUCGCAAGCCCCCCUCAAACUGGCCCCUUUAAGCAGAGGCGAUGCACCCAGCUGGUCCAGCGCACCCAGGGCCAUGCUGAACCCCAGGGACUUGUGGGUGGAGAAUGUGUGGGCCCUUGGAGUGCGCAGCAGGUGAAGGCAGUAGAGGCCCCCGGGAGCCACUCCCAGCCCGGUGCGGAGUUCCAGGUGCUGCCUGGGGAGGGCCAGUGCGGGGCGUUUUUUCUACAAGAGGAACCGACCUAGUUUUAUAAAGAUAAGUCUGUUGUAGUUAAGUGACCCAGCCUUCAAUAAAACCUUAGCCGGAGGUUAAACGCA